UUCGACUACUCAGUGGACACAUUUCGCACAAUUUUCGUUACUCCUUUCUUUCCCGAUCCUUGCCCUUCACCGUCCCUGAUUUGGUUUCUCUUGUUGCGUGAAUUUCAGUGCGUUACAGUUGUUUAUGUUAAUGUUUUUGUUUGUUUGUUUGUUUGUUGGUUUGUAUGUAUCAAUGAGGGGUUGAGUUGGUGAAGGUUGUUGGAGGCAUUACGGGGUAGGGAUUACGAGCACGAUGAUGAACAUUAUUGCGUUGGCGAUGUUACUGUCCUCGCUGGGCUCCGUUAUGGUGCUCUCACCGGAGCCUAUGCUGAUCAAGUCGCCCGGCGAUGGCGAGAGUCCCUUGCAAGCAGCGAAGGAGGCUGCUCAAGGGACGCUGUUGAAGGCGGAGGAGACGGCCGGGUCGGUCAGGGAUACGGUAGUGGAAGGUGUGACGAGGCCCGUCGGGAAAUGGUUCAGGAAGAAGCCGGAGCCAGAGGACCAACUGGCCGCUGCUAGAGCGAAGGCAGCCGAGGCGAAGCAUGCAUUUGAGGAGGCAAGCGCACAGCUUAGAGAUGCCGCGGUUGGGAAACUGGGUUCCACUGCUGAGGCCGCGAAGGACAAGGCCGUUGAUUCUGGGAAGUACGUGGGUGACAAAGCACACCAAGCGGCGGGAGGUAUCAAGAACGCAGCCGAAACAGCGGGAGAAUGGGUAGGAAAUGGUGCUAACGCUGCAUACAACAAAGCAGGGUCUGUAAAAGAAUCAGUCACUGAUGCUACCGCCCACGCUCUUGACGCUGCAGCUGAUACUUUCGAAUGGGCUAAAGAGGGGACGUAUGAUGCAGCUCAAGAUGCCAAAGACGAUGUGCAUAACGCCGGUGUGGCAGCAAAAGAUAGGACCCUGGACGCUGCGGAAUACGCAAAGGAUGAAGUUACUGAAGGUGUUGGAAACGCUCGUGACGCCGUGGUUGACAAUGUAGUGUUGGGAGUGGACAAGUCUAAGGGAACAGCCAUUGAUGCUGCCGAGAAGGCGAAGGAGACAGGAGAGUACGCUGCCCAUGAGACGAAAGAUGCUGGUCAUGGAAUCCUGGGGAAAAUGAAAGACGCAGCGUGCAAGACUAAGGAGUGUUUGUUGGCACGCGCACAUGAGGCAGGCUCCUUUUUACCGUUUUUGGGGCAAGGAGUUGGCUAUGUGUACAAUGACGCAAAGACGGCGGGUGACGACAUCGCAAGCUCUGCGAAGAAAACAGCCAGCAAUGCAGCUGAGAAUGUCGGCGAGAGUGUGAAGGGUUGGACGAGGGAUGGCGAUCAUAAUAUUCUGGAGUCUGCGAGACGGUCAGCCGAUAGCUUGCGAGACAGAGUGGGUCGGCAUUACAGGGAAAACCUUGAUUCUGCAACGGACACUGCCGAGGGAUAUUACGACGAGGGAGGGCGUCGUUAUAUGAGCGCGAGAGAUUACUACGGCGAACCCAGUCAACAUUACUAUAGAGGAGUGGAUGGUAGGCGACGAUACAGAGACGCUCCUUCUAGAUUUUACGACAUGACGAGAGAUGAAGCUGAAGAUUACUAUGAUUGGGUGAAGUAUAGGACGAGACGUGCGUACAGGGGCGCAAGAGACAGAGCGGGAGAUUACUACGAGGAUGUGAGGGACAGAGUUGGAGGUUACAUCCCUGGCCGACAGGAGGAGGACACCGGAGAUUAUUAUGGAGCUUCAAGGCAGAGAGCCGGCGAUAGAGACACAAGAGGCGACUACUUUGAGAGCUCGAAGUUAAAGCCAAACCAGGAUCUCGGCGCAGUGGUGGAAUCCAUGGGCUGGCGCCGUGUGGGCGUUGUGUCCCCAGAUCAUGUCUCCGUCUCGUCACCUAAGGACGUUGUGAUUGGCGAUGUGAAAUAUGUGUGGCAAGGAAUAGGGCGACCUCCAACUCAUGUUACUGAAGAGCUUCAUGACACUGUGUUUCGUCACCCUAUGAACGGUGAGGAAGGCGCUGCACACACACUUGGGGAAAAGCUGGGCCUUGUGAAGGAUCACGCGAAAGAAGGAGCUGAGAGUGUGAAAGAGGGUGGCAAACGUGCCAAGGAUCAAGCAUAUGAUACCCUUCGAGCACCUGUAGACUCCAGAGGGAGACGAGGUGAUCUACCCAAUCACCCGGAAUACGACGAUUCAAGCGCUGAAGACGACUCGGUUAUAACCAAAGGAACACGAGAUCUGAAAGAAAGGGUGCGUAACGCAGGCCAGGCAUUCGAGGCCCAACGCUCCAAAGCGGGGGAAUAUGCAGAUGAAGCUCGUGAAGAGCUCGCAACUUCAGUUGGAUUGGGGAAAGAUCGGAAAAUAAGUCAUGAUGGGGGGCGAUCUCUCCGCACUUGGAAGGACGUGUUCUUCAGGAAGCCCGUGGGGUUCCUGUUAGCGGCAACGCGCGCCUUGCACCUCCUUACAUUCUCCACGGUGUAUGGCUCCGGCAUGUGGAUGACAUUUGUGUCGGGCCUGAUUUUGUCGAAGCACAUCCCUCGGCAGCAAUUUGGAUACGUGCAGAGCCGCAUGUUCCCUGUGUAUCUCAGGAUCUUGGCGUUGGGGCAGGGGUUGCUGCUCUUGCUGUAUUCCAUUUUGAAUCCGUGGUUUUCUGCUGAGAGUGUAGAACGAGUGCAGUUGCUGAACUUUGCGGUGAUGAUUGCCUCCACUUUGCUCAACGCGUACGUUCUGGAACCUCGGGCCACAAAGGCCAUGUUUGAGAAGCUUAAAUUGGAAAAAGAGGAAGGAAGAGGUGUGGAGGACGCAGGAACUGUUUUAACAAGUGGGAAGCAGUUAAUGAGUGACCACAAAAAGAAGCUUGCCAGUGUCAAUGAGCACUUCAGUAUGCUACAGGGCUUCUCAUCUGCACUUAACUUGAUAAGUUUAGGCGGUUUGACCUGUCAUCUAUGGCAUCUGGCAAACCGCCUUGUGGUGUAGUUAACUUCACCAGACGCUAAUGUAUGUAAUCAGUGUCAAAUAGAGCAGCUAGAGAUCAGCUUCUGGUUGUUAGCUUGUGAAGAGAUUUAGUGUCAGUUCCAUAUUUUUUGUAGGAGCGUCAGUUCCCGUGGAGAUAGCGUGCGAAGAUGCAGUUAGCAGUGGUUUGUCAACGUCAUUCAGCUCUUUGUUUCGGAGACAGUACUGGGUUAUUAGUGGGGUCAGAAGUUGAUAAACACCAGGCGUUCGUCUCCACGACCUCGGACAUCUUGAAAUGUAAAUUUUUUUUGACGUUGUCAGCGAUGUACAUAGAGGUGUUGAACUCUUCAGUGACAAACAUCAAUAGAAAUGAACAUCAAUACUGUUAUCCAAACA